AUGGAGAAAAGAUUUUUAAAAAUCAACAGAAUGUUUGGAGUGCUAACUAGUGUUUGGCCAUAUCAAAGGCCUUUCCCAAGAUUAAUACAAAGAAUCAUUGCUCUUACGAUAUUGUUUACUUCUUUCGUUACGCAGACCGCGUACCUUAUACUUUUCCCCAGUAUACGUGGAAUUGUGACUAGUAUGCCUUAUUAUAUACUAGUGCUUGGGACGUUUGUGAAAAUGGGUAAUUACUUUAUAAACGAAACGAAGUUGAGAUCAAUGCUGAACCACAUAUUCACAGACUGGGCAACGAUAAAAUCAAAAGAAGAAAAUGACAUUAUGAUCACAUAUUCGCAAAGAGGACUUCUUCUCACAUUAAGCUAUGCUUUACACGCUUUGAUUACUGGCAUAUUGAUGAUUUCGUGGCCCCUUGUACCACCUAUUUUAGAUAUCUUUAUGCCGUUAAACGAAUCCCGAAAACGCAUGUUCAUAUAUCCAGCUUAUUAUUUCGUGGAUCACGAAAAAUACUACGACAUUUUAGCAAUACAUAUGGUAAUUGUCAUGUGCAUGACUGGUUUUGUAUACUGCGCAUGUGAUGCGAAUUACGUAUACGCAGUGCAGCAUGCUUGUGGACUGCUGGCCAUCACAAGAUAUCGGUUCAGAAACGUAAGCGAAGGUGUGUUAGAUCACUAUAAAAAUGAUGCAAAAUUAUCGAAAUUCAAUUAUAGGAACGUGUGUAAAUCGAUUCAGGCACAUCAACAUGCUCUAAGAUAUCUGAAGCUAAUUGAAACCAAUCAUCACACUUAUUUAUUCAUUUCUGUGGGAAUGCUGAUAAUGUGUAUCUGUGUGUCGUUGUUACAGGUGGCAAAUGAGAAGAAUGACUCAUGGCUAGUUCAGUGUAUAUUUUUGUUUGCUCAAUUGUUUCACACGCUUAUUCUUACUGGACAAGGACAGUUUGUAAUAAACGGACUAGACGGUGUUUUUAACUCUAUAUAUGAAUCGCCAUGGUAUACUUUUCCAGCGAAAAUUCGAGCGUUAUAUAUAUUAGCGCUAAGAAGUUGUCUAUCUCCUCCUCUGUUAACAGCCGGUGGUUUAAUAGUAUUAAAUUUACGAUCUUUCGCAGAGGUAGCAAGAAUUGUACAUAUAGGCACUUUGAAAGUCGUGAUAGAGCAGUCAUCUAUAAUAGGCACAGGAAUUGUCAUGGUCGUAAAACAUGGUAACUAUAUUCUGAACGCAAAGAAGCUUAAAUCCCUUUUGAAUGACAUGUCCGAGGAUUGGGCAACCGAUCGAUUGAAAGAAGAAGUUGCCAUUAUGACGACAUACGCAUAUAGGGGAACCACUCUUGCGAUGUUCUACCUUGUAAACGCGUGCAUAUGCGCAUUCCUUUUCCUACAACUGCCGUGGACAGUGCGCCUAAUGCACAUAAUGAAACCACACAAUGCAUCGCUGCCAAUGGUAUACGCAAUACCAGCUUAUUAUUUUGUCGAGGAUGAUCGCAAAUAUUAUUACUACAUUCAAAUGUAUCUGGGCCUCUCUAUAUAUAUCGUGCUCAUUGUGUUCGUCGGUUGUGAUACUUGUUACAUGGUCCUUGUGCAACAUGCAUGCGGAUUGUUGACUGUGGCCGGAUAUCGCUUCAAAAAUGCCAUCAAUGACCUUUCCUUCAAUACGAGGAAUCCCGAAAAGGAGGCAAAGGAGAUAAAUAAAAGACUACGUUUUUCUAUACAGGGGCACCAACGGGCAAUAAUGUCAGUAUUAACCAGCGAUUAUAAACAAUUUGAAUGCUUAAGUGAAAAUGAUAUGAAUUCAUAUCUUAGUUUCAAUGAUUUAUUUACGAAUAACCAUGACAAAAGAUUUAAUUAUUUUUGGUUUCUGACAAAAAUCGAGAGCGCACAUGUUAUGUACCUUCUUCUAUGUAUGGCUAUAAUAGUCUUGUCUCUUAGUAUUACGAUGGUACAGAUCACUACGAUGGAAAUAUGUCUGGAUUUCUAUAAAUUUGUCAGCCUUCUGAUUCUUCAGUUCUUGCAUCUGUUCUGUCUAACGAUGCAGGGACAGUUCAUCAUAAAUUCGUCCGAUAUGAUUUACAAUGCAAUAUACGAGGCAUCGUGGUACAAUGCAAAUCCAAAGACGCAAGCGUUGUAUAUAUUAGCGUUGCGGCGAAGUCUAACUCCACGCUAUUUAACUGCCGGUGGUUUAAUAGAAUUGAACAUGCAAAGCUUCUCAGAAAUGAUAAAACUAUGCGUUUCCUAUUACACAGUGUUGAGAUCAACAUAAACAACGGACCGAUAUACACUGAAUUAUAGUAACUUUUGAAACUAGUUUUUGUGAAAUUGGAUUUUAACCCUAAAGUGCUAUCACGGAUGCACUUUCACUAUGUGAAUUUUUUUUCAAUAUUGACCUUUUAAUGUUAUUAUUACAACGUAAUUUGUGACCACUGCAAAUAGUAAUUUUUAUAUUUUUCACGUAAUAGUAGAUUAUAGCAGAACAUGCAGUUAAUUGUAUUUAUUGGACAUUAUUAACAUCUAAAAUAAGGAAAACAUUUUCAUCGACGCGAAGACCUUAUUUUCGAAUUUCCAAUUCGAAUCGUAAUGUUCAAUUUUACACACGAAAAAAUAAUUAUAAAAUUGCUAUUCUGGAACAGACGAGACUUAUUAUAACUUUCGUAUAUUUGUUCUAUAUUUUUGGCUCACGAGACCCAAAAAUUUUCAGUAUGAGAUGCUGCUCAAUGCUAUAUGGAAAGAUUAGUCAAUCAAUAGAGUGAAAGAUGAAUUUGACGUUAUGGUAGAAUACGCCAAAAAAGCUGCUUCAUUUUGUCGGAUGUAUCUUGCUGAAAUAAAUGAUAAGAACAUUACGUCGUUUCAUUCUACAAUUUGUUUCACAUAUCGUUGCAAUCAAUUUACAGGAAUGGACGUUUUCUGUGCUACAGGUUUCAUACAACUAUCACUAACGCCAUUUAUUUUGGAAAUAAUUUCACCGAAGAACGAAACGCCAGAUUUAAUAUACUUUUAU